AGCACUGAUGCGCAAUUUACCGCAUUAUCCUCCAAGUUCCGAAAUGUUAGAAGCCCUGAUUACCGAAUUCACCGAUGCAGAUCUCUGCGACACAAAUGCAGUGUUCGCCGAGUAUUUGCUUACUAAGCGCCUGGAGUUCUACAACGUUUGCGCCGUGAUGCAAUCGCUGCUCACCAUUGAGGAUCUGUCCACGAUGCAGCUGUACGCCCAACUGAUUCAGCAGGAUGUGGCUGUGCAGCGGGUCUCCAAGCUGCGCUAUAGGAUUGCCCUGAGCACCACGGGUGUGAAUGCGGAGGAUGUGGUGGCCAUAAACUUGGAUGAUGUGGUCCUGGUGCCCAAAUCCAGCCUGGCCGCCUCUCCGCUGCCCAAACAACUGGUGCUGGCUUUGUUGCCACAUCCUCACGAGGCUUUGGAGAUGAAGGAUCCUAUGCGCCGCCAUGUGGCCAGUGUGGAGCAGGUCAGUCGCACCUCCGUGCACAUUCGCUUCGGCCGUGGCAACUGCCCCAAGGAGGAGGAGCUGCUCGGCCAGCGCUUCUGUGUGAUCAUCCGCUCCAGGCGCACUCCAAUGAGGUAUAUGUACCGCGCACUCAAGCUGCUCCAGGAGAGCCCGCUGUUGCGCCGCUACCUUUUCCCCUUUCCCGGCUGGUUGACCCAGAUGCUGGACAAAAAUAUGAUCCACAUGCGCGACUGCGCCAUCCUGCCCAGCUGGAUGGAGGCGAAGCCACCAACCCAGCCUGCACCUCUCGCCUCGCUCAGCCUGCUGAACACUACCAUCUAUUCCAACUCGGAACAGCUGCAGGCGGUGCAGAGAAUUGUCGCGGGACCAAGUCCCCAGGGACCCUACAUCCUGUUCGGACCACCAGGCACUGGCAAGACCACAACUAUUGUGGAGGCCAUUCUACAGCUGCGCCUUCAGCAACCGCGAAGCCGCAUCCUCGUAACCGCCGGUUCGAACUCGGCCUGCGACACGAUCGCCUUGAAGCUCUGCGAGUAUAUCCACAGCAAUGCCCGUCUGCGGGACCACUUUGAACGGCAGGAGCAGCCGGAGGCGAAUCACCAGUUGAUCCGCGUCUUCUCCCGCUCGAUUCACCACAAAGGACUCAAGUCCGUGCCGGCAUUGCUGCUAAAGAAUUCCAACUGCUCGAAGAAUGUCUACGAGCACCUUGGAGUUUCGCAUAUACUCGAGUACGGCAUCACCGUGGCCACGCUCUGCACCGUGGGACGCUUGGUCACCGACAAUCUGGGCAAGCACAACUUCUUCAGCCACAUCUUCAUCGACGAGGCGGGCGCCGCCACCGAACCGGAGGCUCUGAUCGGCAUCAUGGGCGUCAAGAAGACGGCCGAUUGCCAUGUCAUCCUGUCCGGAGAUCACAAGCAGCUGGGCGCUGUGAUCAAGAGCAAUCGGGCUGCCUCGCUGGGAUUGAGUCACUCCCUCAUGGAGCGACUCCUCCGUUCGGAUAUUUACAAGUUGGACGAGAAUGGCAACUACGAUCGCUCUCUGCAGACGCGUCUGCGUCGGAAUUAUCGCUCCCAUCCGGAGAUUGUGCGCCUGUUCAACGAGCUCUACUACAACGGCGAGCUGAUACCUCAGGCGCCGGCUGCGGAUGUCAAUCUAGCUGCUAACUGGAGCCUUCUUCCCAAUCCCCUCUUCCCGAUAAUCUUUCAGGCCACCCAUGGAGUGACCAAAAGGGAGCAGCACUCGACUAGCUCCUACAACCAGCUGGAGGCUCAGGUGCUCUGCUGGUAUGUCAAGCGACUGAUGAGCGAUGGCUUGGGAAGGGGAAAGAUCGUAAAGCAGGAGGACAUAGGCAUAGUUGCGCCUUACACAGCGCAGGGUAAACUGAUUACCCAGCUGCUCCAGAGCCAGGGACACCCCAACGUGGAGGUGGGCAGCGUGGAGACUUACCAGGGCCGCGAGAAGCCCAUCAUAAUUGCCAGCCUGGUGCGUUCCUUUGCCAACAUGGGAUUCAUGCGCAAUCCUCGUCGGGUGAAUGUUCUCCUCUCACGAGCCAAGGCACUGCUGAUCCUCGUGGGAAACCCGGUCACUUUGCGCUAUCACCGGGACUUCAAGGCCAUUAUAAAGGAGUGCAAGAAUCAAGGCACCUAUCUCUUCAAGAAGAAGGGUUUGCAGCAGAGACCGCAAUUCCUGCCGGACAUCGAUGAGGAUACAUCCGAUGAGGAGUCGAGCAGCGAGUGUGAGGACGAGGAGCUCACUCCUUGGUACGCUAGGAUGCCAAAGGACAUCAGUCUGACCAUGGAGAACAAGGAAACUGAAGCUCUAAGCCAGAAACUGUCGCAGUUAUCCAUACAGAAAUCGGACAGGAUCGUUGUUCACUCGAACUUUCUCAAAGCCUGCGCAGCUGCGCCCAAAAUAACUAAACUAAAACUGCAGGAAAUGUGAGUUUAGACUUAUUUAUAAACCCUAGACUAAAAUUAAGUUAAGACAGACUCCGAAAAGUUCAAAGUAUGAGAUUAUCCUCUAGAAGAGAAGAAAGGAAGGGAAAUACCUACUUAGCCCUUAGUUUUCUAAGCUUUUUUCCCAUCUGUAAAACAGAAUAUGUUGUAUUUUUUUUAAUAUAAGCUUCUGAUAACAUUUAUCGCUUAAUGCAGUCUAAGACUAUGCGUUACCAAGAUAUUUCAUUUAAUGCCCUGAAAAUGAAAGAAGAAAAACACUCGAUAUAAGAUUUGCGUAAGAAAUGGACCAAUCAAAUCCAAACGUAUGAGUUUUCAUGAAUGUUAAGUCAACUUCGACGUUUUAAACCAAGUUUUAUAUUCAACCAAAUCGAUGUGAAUGCGCAUUAUCGUAUUAUAUAUAUAUAUAUUUAAGCAGUGUCUAUAUAAUUAGUAAAACGAUUACAAAA